UACCACAAUGCACCGCUUCGUUUUCUGCCAGGAAGAAACAUGGCUGCCCACUGUUCACCGAGGGUAUUUUUAUUUACGUUUCGUUUGUUAUCAGUUUUAAAGGAGACAAAUGAAGACAGAGCCGUUGCCAGAAGCUACAGUUACAUCGUGUAACAACUGAAUCAGUCGUCAGGCUUUCGGUUAGAAGACGCCAUUUUAUUAGCCGUUGUGACACUGACCGCGAACAUUAGCGUCUGCCUGAUUUUUUUUUUUUUUCAUUUUCGCUGAGCUGUCAAGCUGCUCAUCGGUGUCGGACUGCUUUGUUAGCCUGCCGAGCCGCUACAGAACGCAACUGUGAGUCAAACGCACAUACAUCCGGUAAUAGUCGCUAUGUUUAGCCCCGUGAAGUCCUCUUAUUUCAGAGUCAGCCCGGCCAUUGUCAACAGAGAACUCGGCAAGACCAAGAUGAGAUAGCAAGAGGGCACACCGGAUUGCUAACACACGACUUAUUACGAGGCAGAGUCCCCAGCUUAAUUGAGAGAAAAACUGAGUCAGUAACUCACACGGCAUGUUCGGGAAUCUUUUCGAGGAAGAGGAGGAGGAAGGCUUCGCUUCGGCGUCUUCCAGGGGGAGAGCUGCGAAGGCGGGAGACGAGCCACCUCCACCCCGGGGAAGAAGCAAUCUGUGCGGCAUCAAGAAUCAGGGGGGCACCUGCUACCUCAACUCUCUGCUCCAGACCCUGCUGUUCACCCCAGAGUUCAGAGAGGAGCUGUUCAGUUUGGGGCCAGAUGAAUUAGGAUGCCUGGAAGACAAAGACAAACCAGGGGCCAAAGUCCGAGUGAUCCCACUGGAGCUGCAGAGGCUUUUUGCCAGUCUGCUACUGGUGGACCAGCAGAGCGCCUCCACCGCCAGCCUCACUGACAGUUUCGGCUGGAACAGCAGUGAGGGAACAAAUCAGCAUGAUGUGCAGGAGCUGAACAGGAUUCUGUUCAGUGCAUUGGAGCACUCUCUUGUGGACACCUCUGGUAGUACUUUCAUCCAUCGGCUGUACCACGGGACCAUUGUCAACAGCAUUGCCUGCAAGGAGUGCGGUAACAUCAGCCAGAGACAGGAGGACUUCCUGGACCUGACAGUCUGUGUUUGUGGCAUGUCUAGCCUGGAGGAUGCUCUGUGGAGCAUGUUUGUGGAGGAAGAGUUGUUUGAGGGCAAUAACCUGUACCGCUGUGCACAGUGUGACAGGCUGGUUACUGCUGCCAAGUCUGCCAAGCUUAAGAAGCUUCCUCCAUUCAUGACCGUGUCUUUGCUGAGGUUCAGCUUUGACUUUGCCAAAUGUGAGCGGUACAAGGAGACAGGACGCUAUAGUUUCCCCAUCACAAUCAACCUGCAGCCAUUUUGCGAACAGACUGAUGGAGAGGAAUCUGAUUACUCCUACGAGCUGUUCUCUGUGAUUAUCCAUAAGGGUGGCUGCUAUGGGGGCCACUACCAUGUUUAUAUCAGGGACAUUGACCAGCUGGGCCAAUGGGAGCCAUCGGAAGAGGAAUGCAAACUCAAGUCUCAGAAGAAAGGCAAGGAAGAGUUCAAGAAGGAAGUGUGUGAGCCAAAACUGCAAGAAGAUGACCCACUGUCUGUCCUCACUGCUAUUAUCGCCCAGGAGCCAUCAAAGAGCGUCCUGUUGGACCAGCUGGGCCAGAAACUCAUGAAUAAGAUUGGUUCAUCCUGGAGCAAAAAGUUCAGAAAACACUACGGUCCUAUAGGAAAGUUCUUGCAGUCCCACAGCGAUGUUUUCAUGUUGGUGUCCAAUGGUACUCGAGUGGCAUUGAAGACAAACCCGCCAAGCCCUGUGACUGAACCGCCAAGCCCAGUGACUGAACCCCCAGGUCCAACAGAGCAAAUCACAAACUCUGAUCCUUCAACACCUUCAGACCCUGGCGCUGCUGACCAGCAGCCAGAGCCUAAAAAGGAGCAGGGUAGCCACUGGUUUGACCUUAACGACUCCACAGUGACCUCCAUCAGGGAGUCUGACAUAGAGAAGCAGUUCCAGGGCAAAGAGAGUGCAUACAUGCUGUUCUACAGAAAAACACAGCUGCACAGACCCAGUGAAGCCCAGAAUAAUGCCCAAUAUAAAGUUCCUCUUCACCUCAUCCACAUGGCUCAGGAGGAAAACAUUAAGCUACAGCAAAUGCGUGAGAAGUUUGAAGCUACAAAUAACACUGUGGAGCUGCGUCUUCACCUGGCAACCCAUUACAGGCUAGAUAAUGGAGCCCUGCAACCAGUCAACAAGGAGCAGGACGGGAGCACCACACUGAGUUUCGACCGUAGAAAGACGGUGGGAGAUCUCCGAUUAGCUAUUUAUCAGAUGUUGGACCAGUGGGAAGGAGACAUGGCUCUGACUAUGGCCAAGAGUCUUCCAGCAGGUCUACACCUCUACAACACUAUCAUAGAUGACAGUGUCUCCGUGUACAGUGCAGGCCUUCAGACAAACUCUGACCUGUUUGUAUGGAACGGCAGAGAGGUUUGUGGUGCAACUGUCCUCAUUGGAGCCGAGUGGGAGCCAGUGCUGUUGACUGUAGUCCGCCCCCAUCUGGGGGAAGAUGGGAUCCCGGAAGUGGAAGAUGGGGCGGAGUGUGAGGAGGGAAGCGGAGGGUUUGAAAAUGGAGGGCCGGGGCUUAAAAAGGAGGCGAGAGGUUUUGCAGGUGCUGCAACUCUUGGGGAGGUGAAGGAGGCUCUGGGGGAGCCUAAGGAAAGUCUGCUGUGCCAGGAGCAUAAGGGGGGAAAGAGAGCAGAGCACGGGGCCGGAGAGGGAGGAGGUGCAAGUGGAUGGAGGCUGUUCCCUCCCGACGACAUGCAGCGGACGCUAAAGGAGCUGUCACUGAAAGACGGAGAUGCGCUGCUGGUGCUGGAGCCGCAAUCAUUCGACAGCAGCAUGUUCACUCUAAAUGGAGACGUCGUCACUGUGACUACACCAUCUGACUGCCGCUGGCUCCAGGUGGAGUUUCAACAAAAUGGAGGAGAAGGGGACAAAGAAGAGGAGAGGAAGAAGGUCAAGGUUCCAGCCACAGGAAAUAUGCUGCUGUGUGAGGUGAAACAGAGGGCUAUAGAAGAGCUGCAGCUACAGGAGAACCCCCCAGGUGCACAGUACUGUCUGAGACAGGUGGACUGCACAGGGAAACUCCUUCCUCCAGUGUGUGAGGAGUUGAGUGUUCGCGAUGCAGGGGUGCGACUCAUGACCACACUGACUCUCUGUCCGGGAAUAGCCCCCAAGGCAUCACAGCUUUUUCUUCACUUCGCUGUGGGCACAGCGCCCUCUGCUGGCAUGGAGAUGGACAUCAUUGUGGAGAGUACUUGCACUGUCAAAGAGUGCUUAAAGACAAUGCUGGAUGCUGUUGGACUUGAUGGCACCUGUUGGCACUUGAGGAGGCUUGAUUGGUGCGAAGACGUUGGAGAGCCAAUUGUGGAUGAGGAUGCUUCUCUGUCAGAGCUGAAGAUAAACAACGGAGAGACAUUAAUUGUCACAGAAGGACAGCUUCCUCCAAAGGGUUUUCUAAAGUUAUCAGUGUGGUUCUAUCUGGAUCCCAGAAACAACUCAAUGGAAACUGAUUUUAAUGGUCAUACUGAGGAGCAAAUGCUGGAGGUUGUGACUGCAGGUGAAACGCACAGUCAGUCAUCUCCGAUAUAUGCUGGAAACAUGGCAGAGCUGAGAAGCGUAGGACAGGUGGAGAUAUCGGACGAGGCCACCUUGGAGGAUUUUAAGACUCAGGUGAUGACAUUACCUUCCCUCCAGGAUGUGUGUGUACCAACUACUGCGUUUUUGCGUGUGUGGCAACUUGAGGGACAGAGGCUGGCACGAAUCCUCAGAGGACAACAUCUCACACUCAGGAAAUUGAAGCUGACCAGUGGAACAGACCUUUGUGUGCAACAGCUACUAAAAGAGGAAGAUCUUGGCCCUAAGGAGGUGUUGCUAAAUGUUAAAAUGGGAGUACCAGGGGAGAGGUGUUACUACCCUCCAGAGGAGCUGGUUUGGGAUGCAUCCCGAGACUCUUCUCCUCGCUCUCUACGCAUUUGUCUGGCUUCACACUACGGCCUCUCCCCCGACUCUCUUCUGCUGGCCAAACACCAACCAGAAAAACACACCUGGGAGGAAAUCUCAAACUGGAACCAGCAGUUUUCCAAAAAGAAAAAGAAGAAGAAGACAGAAUCACUACUGGGAGCACCGUUUCACCUCAAAGAUGGAGACACGAUCGGCAUCAAGAAUCUUUUGAUUGACAACAACAGGGACUUUGUCACCAUGGAGGAUGAGCAGGGCCAGCAGAGGCUCAGAGAGCAGGCAGAGCAGCGCAGGAAAGGAGGGCAGGCUGCAGGCUCUGAUGGUGUCGGACCAUGCAAGAAGACUGGAACGACCAAAUCCAGGAAACCAGAGGUGGCGCUGUCAAUCAAUGUUGGGGUAUUCAGAUAGCACCCUGCUCCCGUGGGUGCAUGGACAAAUCAUAACUACGCACACACACACACACAGAUGCUACAUUGCAGGACAAUCCACUUGACAUCAGUCUUGUGCCAUUUGAUUUUUUCUAACUGUGUUUCUCCACAAACGUUUCAAACCCAACUCAAAUCCCACUGUAAAUUAAUUCCUCUUCUCUUUUGUCUGAUUUGUUGACAAGAGAAGGAAUUUUAUUUAGCCUUUUUUUGAUUUGCUGUUUUAGUACCACAACUGGUUAUUCUUGUUUCUUUUCUCUACAAGAUUUUUGAAUUACAACCACCACACAUGCCCUUUGUCAAUUUAUAUUUCUGGGAUAUUUGGGGACAGUGACAUUCAGGAAAACAGAUCAUCUUGCUGCAUGGAUUGGUAUCUACUUUGUAAAAGUAUCAGCCGUGAGAAAACACUUCUACUUGUGUUUUUUUUUUUAGUUUAUUUUUGUAGCUAUUACAAGCCAGUGGUUAUAUUCUGACAGCUGUGCUGACUGGAGCUUCUAUCUUAUACAAUUUUGUAUAAAAUGUAGCUAUCAGGCUGAAAAGAAAAACACUGUCAGCCACCAGUUUUAUCUUCUAACAUGCCAACAAGUCAUUAUAGCAGGAAAUCAACCUUCAGAAAUUCUAGCCGAUGCUCAUAGGAUAACUUGUUUUAAGUAAGGCUGAUUUGUAAAAUAAACCUGUCACUGUGCAUUGAGAACAAACAUGUUUUUUCUCGAUCAUGGGCUUGUUUUUAAGGUUGAUAAGAGAGAGGAGAGAGAGGCCUUAAUGUGGAGAAGCAUCAGUGCUGCUCUGUCCUCUCUACCUCACUCUCUACCUCUCUCAUUCUACCUCUGCUGCCCUCUCUGUUCCCCCCCAAGUUGUUGCCGUAAUUAAUAACUUUGUUUUCUUAACCUCAAACUGUUCAUGCCCCUGCUCUGUAUGAGUCAACUACAGUUUAAAAAGUAUCUCAGUUUGAUGCCUUUUGUUUACUUGUAGUCAUAUUUUAUAAACGAUUAAGCAAACUUAAUUGUCUUUUAUUGGACAUGAUCUCCUUCUAGAGCUAAUAAUAAGCACACAGCCUUCAAUUUCAGCUUAAUCCAUAAUUUCAUGUUCAAAGAAAUUAUUCUUCUAUAAUCAUCUCUGAUGCCAGAUGAAUUGGCUGCUGCAGAAAUGGUCUGUAAAACAAUACAUUCAAAUCCUUUCUGUCACUAAUCCUCCUUGAUUGUGUUUAUAUUUAAAUUGCCUGAGUUAAAUACAUGGGUUUUCAUUGUGGAACAUAUAACGUUUCAUUUGCAUGCACUAUAUGUGACUUCAGGGAAGAAAAAUAAUAUUCUUGUAGAUAAUUUAUUGGAAAGAAGUGACAAAAUAAUGUUUAUACCGUGUGAAAUGUGAUCUGUUUUCUAGGCUGCUUGCCUGUUUUUAUUUCAUGUAUUAUUCUGGCCUUGAUCAGUGCCAAGUACAAAUUUCAAGUAAUCUUUUUUUUUUUUUUUUUUUUAAGCAAUCGCAGGAAUACUGACAGUAUACUCAGCAAUAGUGAAAUUUAAUUUUGUAUAGUAUGAUAUCAUUUACGAGUGUUAUUGAUUACAUCUUUAGUGUUACUGAUAAAGAAUGAUCUGCUGUACUGUGACAGUAGACAUCUGUUUUGUAUAUGUGUCAGAUUGUAUCUACAGGAAGUAUUUUAUCAACAAUAAAGGUAUACAGUAAUCAGA